AUGAACGCGGCUGCGGCCGAGGAGGAACAUCCGCCGCUCAAGAUUGAAUUUGACAGCAACGUGGAGUUGACGAUACACGGAGCGUUUCUUCCAACCGCACGGCUGCUACAAUGCGACCCCGUGGCGCAUGUGAGCGUGUCCACGCUGCGUAAGACAAUCUCUGUUCGUGGCGCGAGCUGUGUGAGUGUGGGAGGUAAGGCGGUGGCGACGAACACUGUCGCAACGGAGCACCAUGUCGCCUCCACACGGCGGCAGUACUUCACCUCAAAACCAGCUUUCAAUGAGAUGGUGCGGUUUGUCGUGCCGGGCACGAGAGUUCACCUCCCAGUCGAAAGGUUGUCUCGGGUCGGGGUGCAAAAACAGCCCGGCGUAUCGACUGACGACAUGGAUGGUGAACAAAGCGUGGAGCAGCGGGUUCUCAUUACACUGGAGGACGCGCAUGGCGGGGCGUAUGGCCAGGCGGUUUGUCCAUUUUUUCUUCACGCUCCAAGCAGCUCCACGCAGCCGGUACGUAUCAUGCUGCAGCCACGCAACGCGCAUGAUAAGUUUGACUUGCUUUUUAAAAAGGACGUGGCAACUCUCGCAGAACACGGCGUAGAUGACUUUGGCUUCGUGACUAUAUCGUGGAAAAUAUCCCUUUCCCCGCACGGAGGGGCUCUCAUCACCGCGUCACCGACAUCUGUGGACCAGCCAACUUUUCCCGUGGGACUAGUGCUUCGUGCGACGUGGCUUGUGCCGGGUCAUACAUACCAACGUGGCACGCAAUACACGACCUCCGUGGAAUUUGGAAGUCAGGAUCGUUUUGUUUUUGACGGCGCCAACCCGUUAUUUCUUACAAUACAGAACGCAACGCAGCUUGAGCGAGCAAUUUUUCAUUGUACCAUUCAGAACGUGAUGAAUCACGCUAACUCCCAUGAUGUGGUAACGGCGCUGCCCAUACAGCCCAUGGCUUCUUUCGCCAUGGAGCGAGAUGUGUGGUGGACGACUGCUGUGCGCGCCGCCAGCGGGACAGAUUUGGGGCUUCUUAUUGCCUCCAUACGAUUGGUGCGACGGCCACUGGGAGGCGAAACGCCGAUGUGUACAGAAGAACGCUGCAGUCUCAUUAACGAUCCGGCGCAUCAGGCGCAGUACGCACAUGUUGCGAGGGAUUGGGGUCGACCGCCACCAGACGUUCCAUCUGGGGCUUACCAGCCUAUAUUUUGGGAGUCCGACCAACAUAUUGCGCGGGCAAAUGAGCGGCGGUGGAGGCGAGACCGUAUCGUGGAGGCAAAUCCUUCCAUGGAGCAUGUACGACACUUGUUGGAUGUCAUAAUGGGACGCGCUACACUUGAUCCUGGUGUGGCGCGUGUUGUAUCGGUUUUCUUUAACCAGAAAUCAUCCGGAUUUUCUCCACAGGAACUAAUGCAGUUCCUAAUUACGUGCGCGUUUCACGUGAAGGGCAUGACGCCGCUGGAGGCUGCACGUUUCUGUUUCUUUGCACUCCGUCGUGACAUGGAACACGCCAUUGCAAGGGAUGAUGUGAUCUUUAUGCUUGAACACUCGCUCAUUGAGCAUACAAUUGAAAUGCCGGAAAUGGAGUUGCGGCGCCGUGUGGUGGAAAUCUUUGGUGACACCACAUAUGUCAUUUUUGAUGACUUUGUGCGGUAUUUCAUUCACAAUUAUGCGAUGUGGUACGCCUUUGGGGUGCCUGUCACGGUGAGUGGGGAACGCUCCAGCCGUGGUGGUGACGUGGCACCGCAACUCAACCCGACAUUAACGCUGCUAAAAGCGGAUGGGGAACCCAAUGCGAAGGCACGCGCCCCAACUGCAGCGACAACUGUUAGCAUCUCUGGUGCUGCCCCUGUCUCUGCUUCUACUUCUACUACCGCCGCGACACCAGCAGCGGCAAUAACAACAGCAACGACCCAAAAGGCGGUACCACACGAUGAAAGCGUUUGGCGUACAUUUAUCGCCCGGGUCCAGCACAGCAACAAGGCGUUUAGCGUGACGGCGCAUGUUAAUGACACCAUCUUUGACGUGAUGGUGAUGGUGCAGAAUAGUACAGGGAUCCGUGCGGCGUGCCAGGAGUGGCGGGCUGGGAAUGUGGCGCUUGACCCAAAGUGCCGGUUGGGCUCCACCGAACUCGGCCUCGGGGGAAAUGAGGUCGCCGCACCGGAAGUCAUCAUCAUUGCGCGGGAUGAAGCUGUACGUCUUGUGAUGGUGUACAAGGAAAAGGGUUUCCGCUGGGAGGUGCGUCUGCCAUCCAGUGAGAGGGUGCUUAAACUGCGUGCUCUGGUUCAGCACAAAACAAUGAUUCCCCUGACACGCUGUGUGUUGCGGGCCCACGGCUCAUGUCUGAUGGAUCGCCACCCACUGGCGCACUACAACCUGCAGGACGGCGAUGUUGUUACGAUCACACAGGAGUAA